AUGGCAGAAGAAAAAUUCGAUAUAGACAUUGCAACACACAAUGAAGUAUACGCGCGGGUCGGUGUUGAGAAAUUAAAUAUUGAAAGAAGUAACCGAUUACCAUUUCAAGGUAUGCCACAGGAAAAUAGUUUACCAACGCCCUCUAGUGGAGAUGAAGAGGAUGUGGAUAAAUACGAAAAUAACUCUCCAAAAUGCAGGUAUGAUUCUUCACACCUUUCCUUUGGGAUUGAUAGCAUCUUGAAACAAUCAGGGAAAAAAAGACACGGAAAAGUCGGUGAGGAAAAUGAACAAAACUAUGAUGAAAAUGACAGACAUAAUAUUAAAAACACGAAUAAAAUGGAUGAAGCAGCAUAUUCUCGUUUGGGAGGAAUGGACUUAACUUUAAAAUCUGACCAACUGGAGGAUCACAAGGUUCAAACUCCAGAGACCUUUUACACGAUAGCGAACCAUUUGACAAUGUGGUCACUUCGAGAUAUCAACAAAGACAGAUUUGGUGUCAGGAGGAUAGGUCAUCCCUACCAAAACAGAACACCCCCAAAACGGAAGAAACCUAGGACAUCAUUCACAAGACUACAAAUUAUGGAGCUGGAGAGGCGAUUUGAACAGCAAAAAUAUUUGGCUUCGUCCGAGCGAUCUUCUAUCGCUAAAUCUCUCAAAAUGUCGGAUUCUCAGGUGAAAACGUGGUUCCAAAACAGACGCACAAAAUGGAGAAGACAGACGGCCGAAGAAAAGGAAUUAGAAAGACAAGCUGCCAAUCGACUUUUGCUUUCAUUAGGGCGUUGCACAUCAAAAGGACUUGUGUUAGAGAACGGCGUACAGUUAUAA